AUGGAAUUGGACGCGGUAGCGUUACCGUUACCUGUCAAAAUGGAGGAAAAACCGCGUCCUCAUUCGAUGAAGACAAAUGCCUUUGUAGCCAUUGUCUUGGCCACUGGCGCUAUUACGUCAUGCAUGAUUUCAUUCCCAAUCAUCUUCAGCUACGUCCAGUCAUUGGAAAGUCAUGUACAAACAGAGUUAGAUCUGUGCAAGAUGCGUGCUCGAAAUAUGUGGAAAGAAAUGCUUGAAAUGAAAAAUGAUGAGAAGCAUUUGACAGCGUUACGUGUUAAUCGUGCGGCGAAAGUACUGAAAGGUAUUGUAACAGAUGGCGUGAAUCGACGGCGACGUGAUAAUCAGGACCUGUGUUGUACAUGUCAACGUGGACCACCUGGACCACCCGGUGAACCAGGAGCUGAUGGUAAGUUCGAUGAUCGCGUGUAA